AUGAAGUUCACGAACACCCUUACGAACUUUUUCUUCUUUGGUGUCCUUGCGACCUUCGCGACUCUUCUCUCGCUCGUCUCUGCCGCGCCUGUUGACAUCUUCAAGCGCGAUGUGUUUGUUCCGCCGAUCACCUACCCGCAUGCCGGAACUGUCUGGGCCGUAAACUCGCACCACAACGUCACCUGGGACACUUCGAGCGCCCCCGUCAACAUCACCAACAAGCAAGGAGAGAUUUACUUGAGGCACAACGACCUUACCGACACCAGCAACGCUCUUGCUUCCGGUUUCGACAUCUUGCUCGGAAGGAUUGAGAUCCAGGUCCCUGACGUGGAGCCCGGCACGUACGAGCUUGUCUUGUUUGGCGAUUCCGGUAACUUCAGUCCCGACUUCACCAUCGAGGCUUAA